AGUCUUUCUGUCCUUUCCAUACCAACUAUAAUAACAGCCACUUCGCUCUCUUCACACAAUAACAUCUAAGCUAGAAACUGUCCUUACAAUUAAUGUAAGAAGUUAUAAAAACGACCCUCUAGGGAAUCAACAUCUUUGACUAUUUUUUAUUUUAGUUUUCUGUUGCGGAAAAAGUUAAUACCAGGCAGUCCAGAGGCAAGAUCCUGAGCACUGCACAGGAAUUUGAUUGGACCCUUCCAAGAUGUCAUCUCGUAAUUCAUACAGGGAUGAUGCAGAGCGCUACCUUUUUGUAGACCGAAAUCCAAUGAGCAGCACUGCAACACAAGCUGAUUGGACAGCAAAGCGCCAGGUGUGGGUGCCCUCAGAAAAGCAUGGGUUCGAAGCAGCGAGUGUAAAGGAAGAGCGAGGUGACGAGGUGGUUUUGGAGCUGGCUGAAAAUGGCAAAAAAGUCGUGAUUAACAAGGAUGACAUCCAGAAGAUGAAUCCACCCAAGUUUACUAAAGUCGAAGAUAUGGCAGAGCUGACCUGCUUAAAUGAGGCUUCUGUCCUCCACAAUCUCAAAGACCGUUACUACUCUGGCCUUAUUUAUACAUAUUCUGGUCUCUUCUGCGUGGUGAUUAACCCAUACAAAAAUCUACCCAUAUAUACAGAACAAAUAGUGGAAAUGUACAGAGGAAAGAAGCGUCAUGAAAUGCCACCGCACAUAUAUGCUAUAUCUGAGACUGCAUACCGCAGUAUGCUUCAAGAUCGGGAAGACCAGUCCAUCCUUUGCACUGGAGAAUCAGGGGCAGGGAAAACUGAAAACACAAAGAAAGUCAUCCAGUAUCUCGCUCAUGUAGCCUCCUCACAUAAGGGUCGGAAAGAACACACUGCUCCGAACUCCAGCAUUAUGUCCUACGGAGAACUUGAACAUCAACUACUGCAGGCCAACCCCAUCUUAGAAGCUUUUGGGAACGCCAAGACUGUGAAAAAUGACAACUCGUCAAGAUUCGGAAAGUUUAUCCGGAUAAAUUUCGAUGUAGCUGGUUACAUCGUUGGAGCCAACAUAGAGACUUAUCUUUUAGAGAAAUCUAGGGCUAUUCGUCAAGCUAAAGAUGAAAGGACAUUCCACGUUUUUUACCAACUUCUUGCAGGAGCUGGAGAACAUGUGAAGACUGACUUAUUACUGGAGAAUUUCAACCAGUAUCGCUUUCUUUCCAAUGGAAACAUUACAAUACCUGGGCAACAGGACAAGGACAUCUUCCAAGAGACAAUGGAGUCCAUGAAAAUUAUGGGAAUUAGCCACGAAGAGAUCAUGUCAAUGCUGAGGAUGGUGUCAGCAGUUAUGCAGUUUGGGAACAUUAUUUUUCGCAAGGAGAGGAACACAGACCAAGCUUCCAUGCCAGAUAACACAGCUGCACAGAAGGUUUCUCACCUUCUGGGACUUAAUGUCACUGAGUUUACUCGUGCCAUCCUGAUGCCAAGGAUUAAAGUGGGCCGUGAUUAUGUACAGAAGGCGCAGACAAAAGAGCAGGCAGACUUUGCUGUGGAGGCGCUUGCAAAAGCACUUUAUGAAAGGCUGUUCCGAUGGCUGGUUCAUCGUAUUAACCGGGCCCUGGACCGGACCAAAAGGCAGGGCGCAUCCUUCAUAGGAAUCCUGGAUAUUGCUGGUUUUGAAAUUUUUGAGCUUAACUCAUUUGAGCAACUGUGCAUUAACUACACCAAUGAGAAACUACAGCAGCUCUUCAACCACACCAUGUUCAUUCUAGAGCAGGAAGAAUACCAGCGUGAGGGCAUUGAGUGGAACUUUAUAGACUUUGGGCUGGACUUGCAACCCUGCAUUGACCUUAUUGAGAGACCGGCAAAUCCUCCUGGUGUCCUAUCUCUGUUAGAUGAAGAGUGCUGGUUCCCCAAAGCUACAGAUAAAAGUUUUGUUGAAAAAGUGAUCCAAGAACUGGGAACACACCCGAAAUUCCAAAAGCCCAGACAACUCAGAGACAAAGCUGAUUUGUGUAUCAUCCAUUAUGCUGGGAAGGUUGAUUAUAAAGCAGAUGAAUGGCUUAUGAAGAACAUGGAUCCUCUCAAUGACAACGUUGCAACUCUUCUGCACCAGAGUACGGACAAGUUUACUGCUGAGCUAUGGAAGGAUGUGGAUCGAAUUGUGGGACUGGACCAAGUCAGUAACAUGUCUGAUAUGUCAUUUGGGUCAUCAUACAAGACGAAGAAAGGCAUGUUCCGCACCGUGGGCCAACUGUACAAAGAAUCCUUAGCUAAACUAAUGUCUACACUGAGAAACACUAAUCCCAACUUUGUUCGCUGUAUCAUCCCCAACCACGAGAAAAGGGCAGGAAAGCUGGAGCCACACCUGGUACUUGACCAACUAAGGUGUAAUGGGGUGCUGGAGGGCAUCCGUAUCUGCAGGCAGGGCUUCCCAAACAGAAUAAUCUUCCAGGAGUUCAGACAAAGGUAUGAAAUACUGACUCCAAAUGCAAUUCCAAAAGGUUUUAUGGACGGCAAGCAAGCCUGUGCUAUAAUGAUCAAGGCUUUGGAGCUGGAUCCCAACUUAUACCGUAUUGGGCAGAGUAAAAUAUUUUUCAGAGCCGGAGUCCUAGCUCACUUAGAGGAAGAGAGAGAUUUGAAGAUCACAGAUAUUAUAGUGCUUUUCCAGGCCGCUGCUCGAGGUUACCUGGCCAGGAAAGCAUUCUUGAAAAGACAGCAGCAAAUGAGUGCUCUCAAGGUGGUGCAGAGGAACUGUGCAGCAUACCUUAAAUUGAGACACUGGCAGUGGUGGCGUCUUUUCACAAAGGUGAAACCAUUACUGCAGGUUACUCGUCAGGAUGAAGUAAUGCAGGCAAAAGUGGUGGAGCUGCAGAAAGUAAAGGAUAACCACGUAAAAACAGAGAUGGAGCUGAAAGAUAUGGAACAUAAGUAUCAGCAGUUGUUUGAAGAGAAGUCCAUUUUGGCAGAACAGUUACAAGCAGAAACCGAACUGUUUGCAGAAGCAGAGGAAAUGAGAGCCAGACUUUCUGCAAAAAAGCAAGAACUGGAGGAAAUUCUACAUGAUUUGGAAUCUCGUGUAGAAGAGGAGGAAGAACGCAACCUGCAGAUGCAGAAUGAGAAGAAGAAACUGCAUCAGCAUGUACAGGAUCUGGAAGAGCAGCUAGAAGAGGAGGAGACUGCUCGGCAGAAACUUCAGCUGGAAAAAGUGACAACUGAGGCUAAACUUAAAAAAAUGGAGGAGGAUAUCCUUUUGUUAGAAGACCAAAAUGGUAAACUCGCCAAGGAAAGGAAAUUGCUAGAAGACCGAAUUGCUGACUUUACUUCUACUAUGGCUGAGGAAGAAGAAAAAGUAAAAAGUUUGAGUAAACUGCGCAACAAAUAUGAGGCUAUCAUUGCUGAUAUGGAAGAUCGCCUAAAGAAGGAAGAGAAAGGAAGACAGGAAAUGGAGAAGAUGAAAAGAAAGCUGGAUGGAGAGACAUCAGAUUUAGCGGAUCAAUUGCUUGAGCUUCAGCAACAGAUUGAGGAUCUAAAGCAGCAGCUGGCCCGAAAGGAAGAGGAGCUACAGGCUGCUCUUGCCAGAGUUGAGGAUGAAGCUGGACAGAAGAACAGUUUGCUGAAACAGCUUCGUGAGUUACAGUCCCAGCUUGCUGAACUACAGGAAGAUUUGGAGUCAGAAAAGAGUGCACGGGCGAAAGCAGAGAAGCUCCGUCGGGACCUGGGAGAAGAACUAGAAGCACUGAAAACCGAACUGGAAGAUACUCUAGAUUCCACAGCAACACAACAAGAACUCAGGUCAAAAAGAGAGCAGGAAGUGACGGAACUUAAGAAAAAUAUGGAGGAAGAGGUCAAAGUUCAUGAAGCACAGGUCCUGGAAAUGCGUCAGCGGCAUACACAAGCAUUAGAAGAUGUGUCUGAGCAGCUUGAGCAAACACGCAAGUUCAAAGUAAAUCUAGAAAAGGCAAAGCAGACCCUGGAGAGUGAGAACAUUGAUCUGUUAAAGGAAGUUAAGGCUCUCCAGACAUCUAAACAGGAUUCCGAGCAGCGGAGGAAAAAACUAGAGGCUCAGGUGUCAGAACUGCAGGUCCGCGUCUCAGAGAGUGAAAAGGCUAAAGGCGAAUUAGCCGACAAACUGUACAAGCUGCAGACUGAAUUGGAGGGAGUGUCAGGGACACUCGGAUCCACAGAAUCAAAAUCUAUCAAAUUAACAAAAGACCUAUCUACAGUGCAAUCACAGCUUCAGGAUACUCAGGAACUGCUGCAGGAGGAGACGAGGCAAAAAUUAAACUUCAGCUCUCGGUUAAGGCAAUUAGAAGAAGAGAAGAAUAACCUAGCGGAAAAUCUGGAAGAGGAGGAGGCAGUGAAGAACCAGCUCAAUCGUCAGAUUCAGGCUUUGCAACAACAGCUACUCGAGUCCAAGAAGAAAAUGGAAGAACAUGGUGGUGCAGUUGAAGGUCUAGAAGAAGUGAAGAAGAGAAUGGCAAAGGAAUUAGAGCAGAUGCACCACCGAUUUGAGGAAAAACAUCAAAUCAACGAUAAGCUAGAAAAGACCAGAAAUCGGUUACAACAGGAGCUUGAUGACCUUAUGGUCGAUCUGGAUAAUCAGCGGCAAAUUGUUUCAAACUUGGAGAAGAAACAGAAGAAGUUUGAUCAGAUGUUAGCAGAAGAGAAGAACAUAUCUUCACGUUACGCGGAUGAGAGAGAUCGUGCAGAGGCUGAGGCUCGUGAGAAGGAAACAAAGGCUCUGACUUUGAGUCGAGCAUUGGAAGAAGCUCUUGACAUAAAGGAUGAGCUAGACAGGCAGAACAAACUGCUGCGAGCUGAGAUGGAUGACCUUAUCAGCUCUAAAGAUGAUGUUGGGAAGAAUGUCCAUGAAUUAGAAAAGUCUAAAAGAGCAUUGGAACAACAAGUCCAGGAAAUGAAGACCCAGAUAGAAGAACUAGAGGAUGAACUUCAGGCCAUUGAAGAUGGAAAACUCCGCCUGGAGGUCAACAUGCAAGCUAUGAAAGCUCAGUUUGAAAGGGACCUGCAAAACCGUGAUGACUCAAAUGAUGAAAAGAAGAAACUACUGGUUAAGCAGGUGCGAGAUCUGGAGGUAGAGUUGGAUGAUGAAAGGAAGCAAAAGGCUCAGAUUGCAGCUGCUAAGAAAAAACUUGAAAUGGACCUUCAAGACAUGGAAGCCCAGAUUGACACAGCUAACAAAGGUCGCGAUGAAGCCAUCAAACAGCUCAAAAAACUACAGCUGCAAUUGAAAGAAGUGUGGCGUGAAGUGGAGGAGACUCGAACAUCUAGAGAGGAGAUCUUCAUUCAGUCCAAAGAAAAUGAGAAGCGACUUAAGAGUUUGGAGGCAGAGCUGCUUCAGUUGCAGGAGGAAUUAGCGGCUGCUGAGAGAGCGAAGAGGCAGGCACAGCAGGAGAGAGAUGAUCUAGCCGAUGAGCUUGCCAAUGGUGUCAGUGGCAAAUCUGCUCUGCUGGAUGAGAAAAGAGCUUUGGAAGCUCGUAUUGCACAGCUAGAGGAGGAGCUUGAUGAGGAACAAAGUAACAUGGAACUCUUAAAUGACAGAUACAGGAAAUACACUAUACAGGUGGAGACAAUGACCAAUGAGUUGUCAGCAGAGAGGAGCUUCUCUCAGAAGUCAGAAAAUGCGCGUCAACAGCUAGAGAGGCAGAACAAGGAGCUGAAAGUUAAAUUAAACGAACUGGACUCCACCAUCAGGUCAAAAUACAAGAUUGCUAUCGCCUCACUGGAGUCCAAGAUUUCACAGCUGGAGGAGCAGAUGGAACAGGAGUCAAAGGAACGGGUUCUGUCCAACAAGUUGGUUAGGCGUGCCGAGAAGAGGCUAAAGGAGGUCAUUCUGCAGGUGGAAGAGGAGCGAAGGAAUGCCGACCAGUUUAAGGAGCAGCUGGAAAAAGCACAUAUUCGCAUGAAGCAGCUAAAGCGUCAGCUAGAGGAGGCUGAAGAAGAGGCGUCACGGGCCAACUCAAACCGCCGCCGACUGCAACGUGAGCUGGAAGAUGUUACUGAGUCCGCAGAGUCCAUGAACCGAGAAGUGAGCACACUCAGGAGCCGACUGAGACGGGCACCUCUUCAGUUCACAACGCGAACUAUCCGUCAGGUGUAUCAACUGGAAACUGUUUCUGAUGAAGAACCAGACACACAUACUGCAGAAACAUCUUCCAACCACCAGCCCCAACAGCCCCAGACAGAAUAACUGCACUGAGAAGAAGUUGAGAGGGAGAAGUGAUUGUCCGGGCCUCCCUCAAACCUAAUGACAGACUCGUCAAAGAAAGAAAAAAUGAAAUUAAAUGGUGCAGCGCUUACAAUAAAGUAGCGGUCUUCAAUCUAUUUAAAAGACUUUCAGGAAGGAAAAUUGAGAACACUCCAUAUGAGUGCAUUAAAUCCUCCAAUUCAUAACUCAGCCAUGGAUUUCACAGAGCACUUUAUAAGGAAUGAACUUAUGGGGUGGCAGAAUGUGGGAUUACAGUUAUAAAAUGUACCCCUAAUGCAAAUACAUGGAACAAUGAGGGUAGACUGAAUACGCAACAUCAUUCCAUCAGCAUAUGUAAAUAUACCCCAUCAUAAACGGCUCAAGUGCUUUUUAGAAUCACUUAUACCAUGGUAGACUCCAGACCUCAACUUACAACCAAACUAUUUUGCUUAAUCACUUUUUUCUUUCUUUAGCCACACUCUAUAUUAUUCCAGUUAAAUGAUUAUUCUCAAAUAUAAAAUUAUACUGGAAUGAGCUUUAUGGCAUAAAGAUACAUUCCAAGCCCCCAUUUUUAUGAUAGGUAACAUGUGGUUGCUAGGCAACUUGCGGUCUGCACAUUCCUAACCAAAGAAGGUAUUACUUCUAUAUCUAUAGUCUCAUGUUGCCACAGGAAUCUGUUUUUUUUCAACGGGAAAAUUAUUUUUCCUCCAAAUUUAAACGUGAAAGGUGUAAAACAAGACUUCAAAACUAAACACAGUAUAAAACUUUAAUCUCUAAGUUGCAUGUACAAUGACAUUUCUGUGGGAAUAAUUUCAAAAUAAUUGAGCUAUAUUUGAUAUUUUUUCUUCCACAAAUGUUCUCUACAUUUAAAACACUUUUCAUUGAUUUGUUGACAGCAAAAGAAAGGUUGGCUACAGCUAUCCAUCUCAUUCAGUGUAUCUGGUAGAUCAUGUGAUAAUAACACUACGCACAACACUUUAUAGAAAUAAAAUGGCUUCCAAAUUUCAAACGAACGUUGACAGGGUUUCUUCUCCACCUCAGCCCCUCUAUUUUGCCAUUUAUCGCAUGCCUGGCUCAGUGAUUUUAAAGAAUCAGAAAAUCAUUUUGAAAUAAAAAAUUCAGGGAAGUGAACUAGUGUGAAGAAACAAAAAACUGGAUUGAACAUUUUUUUUCUCUAUUCCUAUGUUUAUUUCAUAGCUAUCUGUUUUAGAUAAUUACAUUUCUGGAGUAGUUUUGUCAUUUUUAUUAAAAAUAAUAACAAAUUGACAAUUCAUCCAUUGUGUCUUUAAUUGGCUAUCUAUAUUAUAUUAUUUUAUGGUCUUCUAGAAGAAAAAAAUGCAGAUUAGAUGGGAAUGUUCUGUUAGAAAAUAUUCGUAGUAAUAUUAUAACUUCUUAUGUUUUCAUAGAGUAAAUGAGAGUGUGCACCUGCCCUUUAGAAAUAUCCAAAGUUUAUUAUAACAUUUCUUGAAACACCAUUAAAAUAAUAUUUUGUGCACAGAAAUAUUUCUACACACAGCAGACAAACCUACUCUGGAGCCCAUUAUUUGUAUAAAAAAAGUUUCUGCGUGAUUCCUGUUUUAAUUCUAAAAAAAAUAUUCUUAUAUUUUUCUGGAUAUCGAUGGAUUUUAAAUUUGUAUUUUUUAAAAUGAUUUGCUGGCGGUAUUUUUUUUUAUCUUUAUUUUAUUCCUUAACCAUUGUUUAAAUGACAAGAAAAAAUGCCUUGUCUGGAUUUUCUUUUUUCUGUUAAAUAUUAUAGUUAAGUUUCUCUAUGAAGAAUAAGGUCUAUGGCUUUUAUUAAAAUGUCAUCGUAAAAAACAAACAAACAACAACAA